CUUCCUCCAACAGCCAAGAAACCCAAAGAACCAAAAGUUGACAUACAUUUUUAUAUAUAACAAGAGCCCUUUUUCCUUCACCCCCACCACUUCUCAAACACACAAAAAUCAGUGAGUUCCAAAGGUUUCCAUGGAGACAGAAAAAUCUUUAACGUGUUCAUCUUCAUCUUCGUCACGAAAGUAUGAUGUUUUCCUCAGCCUCAGAGGUGAGGACAUUGGCAAAAGUUUCGCAGACCAUCUAUACAAGGCUCUGAGUGACAAAGGAAUUUAUACCCUUGGAGACAAUAACAAGCUUAAAACAGGAAAUGAUGUCUCACCGGAACUUCUGAAAGCGAUUGAAGAAUCAAGAUUUGCAAUAAUAGUUUUUUCCGAGGGCUAUGCAGCUUCAACUAGGUGUUUGAUUGAACUAGCCAAGAUCUUUGAAUGCAAGAAAAAAAACUUGGGUUUUAUUGUUCUUCCGGUUUUCUACCAUGUCGAACCAACCCAUGUAAGAAAACAAACAGGGGAGUUUGGAAAGGCAUUUGCUAUGCAUGAAGCAGUUUCGCAAGAUGAUAUAGAGAAGGUGAACAAAUGGAGGAAGGCUUUGAAAGAAAUAGCCAGUGUAUCCGGAUGGCACAUCAAAGAAAGGCAUGAGACAGAAGAUAUUGGUGAAAUUGUUAAAGUGGUUCUAAAAGACUUGAAUAUGACAUUCUCUGUCAGUAACAAUGAUCUUGUUGGAAUGACUUCUCGCAUAGAGAAAAUUUAUUCACUAUUGAAACUUAGCCAAUUAGAGGAUGUUCACACUGUUGGAAUAUGUGGUAUGAAAGGGAUUGGUAAAACCACUAUUGCUGAAGAAGUUUUCAAAAUGAUUUAUAGGAAAUUUGAAGCUUUUGCUUUCAUAGCUAACAUAAGAGAGGAGUUUGAAAAAAAUGAUAUAGUCCAUUUACAAAAGCGUCUCUACAAGUUCUUAUUGGAUGAAGAACCGAACAUACAAAAUGCUGUAAUGGGAAGAGAUGAGUUAAGGAAAAGAUUAUGUUCUAGGAGGGUGCUUAUCAUUUUAGAUGAUGUUGAUGAUUUAGAACAAAUCGAGCAUUUGGUCGGAAGUGCUGAAGAACAACAUGAUUGGUUACAUCUGGGGAGUAGGGUCAUUGUGACAACUACAGAUAAGGACUUACUGAAAACAUAUGGAGAGAACAACAUAUACGAGGUUGAUAAACUAGAUGAUGAAGAAGCUCUUCAGCUAUUUUCUCGGAAAGCCUUCAAGCAAGACCACCCUUUUGAUAAUUUUGUAAAUCUGUCCAAGGACGUUGUAGAAUAUGCUAAUGGCAAUCCUAGAGCUCUUAAAGUUUUGAGUUCCUUCUUAGUAGGGAGAAAUAUGGAUGAAUGGUCAGACAUGAUAGAUAAACUGAAGAAAAAUCCUGACAAAGACAUUCUUCGUAUAUUCAAGUAAGAUUUUCAUAGAUUAGGUAGGAUGUUCAGAAAGUACUAUUAUCGUUUUGUUUUCCUCGAUUACGUGAGACUGUCAAGAAAUCUAGCUCUUGAGACCUUUUAUUCAUUUUGUAAAAAGAUCAUAUCUUUUUUUCUUUUUCUUUUUUUUCCUUUCUUUUUUACGGUGUGUGUGAGUGCUUUUGUGUGCGCGUGAGCUUGUGGGUUUUUUAGGUGAUAGAUUUUACUCAUGUAAGAACUAAAUAAAACAAUUGAUUAAUCCAUAACUAAUAUAUCUCUA